AUGGCAAAGGGAACUAAGGUCGGGGGGAAGGGCAAAUCGAAGAGCAAAGGCAAGAAAACAGGUCCAACUUCUGCUGAUAGGGUCAUUAAAACUCGAUCUAUGGAUGCUAUCCUUGGGAUCCAGGAAUUGGAGCUGUCAGAGGAUGAGCAAGGAGCAGGGGCAGAGCGAACCUGUCGUGAAUAUACUCCAACGCCUCGAAUUGGAAUUUGUACGAAUGUCGAAGACUGGAUAUCGGCUUCUAAGCAAGCUAUGCAAGACGUCAAUAUGGGUAAGGCUGUACCAUCUCCGAUUUUACAGUCUAACUAUACUAAUGUCACUACCAGUGGAGGAAAAGAGAAGGUUAUUACAGGGAAAGGUGUUAUCGAUCAGAAGAGGGCCUCUGGAGUCAAAAUUGAUGUCGAGGAUAUUGCUGAGGAGGUGAAUUUUUGGCAAUCCUCUUUAGUCUGCUAUGUGCUUGGUGCAAAUCCACCAAUCCGAAUCCUGGAGGGCUUUGUGAGGAGAUUAUGGAAGGAUCAAGUUGAUAAGGUAGGCAUUCUCUCAUCUAGUAUUUUCAUCAUUCGCUUUUUAUCUAUGGAAGUAAGAGAUAGAAUUUUGGAUGGAGGAUAUCUGUUUUUUGGGAAUAAACCUCUCAUAAUGAAGGUCUGGAAUCCGGUUGAUGAUUUUAUUAAGGAAGACAUUGAUUCAGUUCCAACUUGGGUUCAUUUGGGAGGAUUGGAUAUUAAAUACUGGGGUGAUAGGUCUCUGUUCAAGAUAGUGGGACAGAUUGGGAAGCCAAUUCAAGUGGAUUCCAUUACUAAAAACAGAGAUCGCUUAGCUUAUCCCAGAAUUCUCAUUGAAGUGACCAUGACACAGGACUUUCCAUCUCGAAUCAGCUUCUUGAAUGAAUUUGAUCAAGAAGUAGACAUCUUCGUGGAAUAUGAAUGGAAGCCCACUGUAUGUAUGAAUUUCUCUGGCCUAGGACACGAGGCUCAAGUUUGCAGGAAGAGUAAGACUGUGAAGCAAGAAUGGGUCCCUAAACAGAAGGUUUCAUCACUUAUUGUAAGCAAAGUUAAUGUAGAUGCUGAUGGUUUUCAAACAGUUACUAAGGGAAUCAAGAUACAGGAACCUAAUGCCAUCCCAACGAGUGUGAAGAAUAAAUUUUGCCUGCUUGAGGGAGACCCUGAGAUGGAGCUUUUACAGAGGAGGAAUACAGUAAGAGAGGGGGGAGGACCCUCUGUUCUAGAUGGAUAG